AUGAGUGCCUUUCUCUCCAGUCAACAGUACGGCAAAGACAAGGUCCGUUUAGUCAAGGUUACUGAUCUGCCUGCCUCGACUGCUCACGGUGCUACGAAUCUCAAACAUCAACAUGUUCAGGAACUAACUUGCAGAGUGUUGCUUGCUGGUGCUCAAUUCGAGACUUCUUAUACUAAAGCCGACAAUCGUUUGGUCGUUCCCACCGACACUGUCAAAAACACAAUCUAUUACCUUGCACAAACUACUCAGGAUACCCUGGAAGAUAUUGAAUCUUUUGCCAAAGUGAUAGGCAGACAUUUCAUCAAGCAAUAUGCUCACGUCGAGGAAGUGCAUGUUCGAAUUCAUGCCCAUAACUGGACUCGCAUUCAAACAUCAACCCUGGAACCUGUGCCAACACUUGCUCAUCCCCAUUCAUUUUAUCGUGCUGGUGAGCAAAAGCGCACAACCAAUGUCGUUGCUACAAGGGUUCAAUCUCGUGCUGAUGCCAUGAUCAAGUUCUCCAUUGCAUCUGGCAUCAGCGAUCUUUACGUUCUAAAGUCUUCGGGCUCUUCGUUUGAAGACUAUCAUUUGGAUAAACUGACUACUCUUCCACCCAUGUCGGAGCGUGUACUCUCUACCGACAUCACUGCCACAUGGACCUUUCCGGAUUCCGUCGAAUCGCUUACCCAAAACCCGUCCAAACCUACUUUUACUCCAACAUUUCAUACUAUCAAACAAAUCACUUUGGAUCUGUUUGCCAACCAUAACUCACCCUCUGUUCAAAACACAUUGUACAGAAUGGGUGAGUUGGUUCUUGCUUCCUGUCCUCAUGUAAAGGAUAUUACCUAUGAAUUACCAAAUAAGCAUGUUUUUGUGUAUGAUUUGAAACGAUUUGGUGUGACAAACCAAACCGGUGGUGCCUCGACAGUGUAUUAUCCUGUCGCUGAUCCUUCUGGUCUGAUCACCGCUACUAUUUCCCGCAGUCGCGCCAAGCUCUAG